CAUUCCAAAAAAAAAUGACAGCCGGCGGCCGAAUUCUACGGCUCACCGCCGACAACAUUGAGGAGGCAAUUGACGCGGCGGUUUGCGUAUUUCUGAGAGGAGGAAUCGUCGCCCUACCAACCGACACUCUCUACGGAAUCUCCACCCUACUACAGUACUCUGACAGGCUCUACGCGUUGAAACAACGGCCGUACGAGAAGCCGCUCGGCAUUUUUCUGCCGAGCCCGACGGCGAUGAAGCUCGUCUCAAGGCAGACGAUUUCCGAUGAGCUAGCGAAUUGCCUCCUCCCCGGUCCAGUUACAUUAAUGUUCGAACGCCUUCCAUGCCUACCGGCGGAAUUUAAUCCGGGAGUUGUUAACGUAGCCUGUCGGGUUCCAGACUGCCCAAUUGUUUCGACGAUAUGCAAAAAACUCGGCCAACCGCUCGCUCAAACAUCGGCCAACGUCAGUGGAUCCUCACUCAACCCGACAUCAAUCGAUCAUUUCCGAGAUCUUCAUCCGAAUAUCGAUCUGAUCCUCGACGCCGGAUCAAUCAUCUCCAGUGGUGAAGGAUCAACGAUUGUCGAUUUGACUGUUGAAUCAGGAUUCCGGAUUGUUCGAAGUGGAUGUGCUGAGAAGGAGACGAUGCAGAAGCUUAAAUCAUUCGGAUUGACGAAAAUUCAGUGAUCUUGGGGUUGUGAAGUUGGAAGAGUUUUUCAAGUUUCUAGGCCACCCGACGUCACAAAUUCUGUAUUUUCCACAUUUUUCUAUGAUUUUUUCUUGUUUUGUACACUGAUUUUGUUGAUUUUUUGUUAAUAAUUCAUAUUUUUUGG